GUGCUCCGAGCCCGACCCCAGGCGUCUUUGCCCGCCUGGCCCUUCCUAUUUCUGCCAAGAACGUUCUAACGACUCUUACGACCUCGACGUCCCAUUCCAUUCCAAGCCCUUCCCCAGGCAAACUCCGUUGCGCCCCGUCCGUGGCCAGCCCUUUGCGGCUCUUCUCUGCUAUCGCACACCUCUUUGUUGCCUGCGGGAUCACGCGCAUCCGCCGGCUCGUUAUUUUUCUUUUCGUCCCAGACGUGGUUCCGGAUUCAUAAAGGCUCCAGCCCACCAGCCCUCCUCGAUCACUUCCGCCGCCCGUUCCUGAAAACCCAGUCUGCGCAUUGUCCGCUCCCCAUUGGUUUCCAACGGUCCUCUGCAUGUACCACCACCACCGUCAGCCGCUCAUGGAUGUCGCCACUUCGUUCCUCAUGCAGUUCGCCCCGCCCCCGCAUUCCUCGCCUCCGCACCCGCAAGCCCUCCAUUACAACUACUUCGAUCGCGCGGCUGACCACUCCCGCCGCGUCCCGCUCCAGUCCUCCUUCGUCCGCUCGUCCGCGCCCCGCCAGAUGCAGCACUACGCGCCCCAGGCCAUGCCCUCGUCCUACCGCUCGACCUUCUCCAUGGACUCCUCCUCGUCCUCCGGCACCGGCUCCUACGGCCACGACGGCAGCCCGCUAGGCUCGCCGUACGAGAACGCGGACCUCCAGCCACCCGCAGUCAGUGGCGGCGGGCAGCCGUUCCCAGCGGACGCCUACCCGCACUCGUGGCCCCAGGUCGCGCAGCAGCCCCCGAGUCAGUACCAGGACUCCUACGCUGCCGGCUCGUACGAACUGCCGUCCUCCGAGACGUCGACGUCCGCGGCCGAUGGCAACAUGAUGCAGGGAGUGAAGACGGAGGACAGCCUCGAGUCGUACGGGAGCGCCGCCGGAGGGCUCUACAUCGCUUCGUACGCCGACCAGAUGCAGAGCGCCGCGUCCAUGCCCGACCACCAAGGCUCGCUCCCCACCUACGCCAUGAACCAGUAUUCCCCAGAGGUCGUCUCCCAGCAGUACGGCUACACCCCCGCCGACGCCCAGCCGCACCACCCGGGCGCCGAUGUGGCUAACAUGUCGUCGUACCUCCUCACCCAAGCGCACCUGCAGUACCCGGAGGAGGACACCCCGCGCUACGUGAACCCCACACAGGUCUCGCCCAUGUCGCCAUACGCACAGCUGCAGGAGCUGCCGCAGGACCAGAGCUGCGACCCGCGUUUCACGCUCGCGGGCGGCCUCCACACGGUGCACGGGGGCGCCAGCCCCUCCGCGUUCACCGACUUCGACGUGGACAGUGCCGCGAGCGGCUCGCCGUCGCUCGCCAGCGCCGCCACAUCCGCGCCCAUCCCGGUGCCGGCAGCGGCAGCGGCCGCCCAGCGCAAGCGCCAGCGCGCGGUGAGCUUCACGAGCAGCUCGUCCGACGAGGAGCUGCAGCCGUCGAGCGGCGAGAGCGAGCACGACGAGGACGACGAGGGCGAGGACGACGACUACGUGCAGCAGUCGCCGCGCGCGCGCCGGCGCGGGCUCUCCGCGUCCUCGACGUCCCCGUCGACGUCUACCGGCUCGUUCUCGAUGGCGCGCCGCCUCGCCGCGCCGGUGCCCGUGCCGAACCUCACGAAGAAGAGCCGCGGGCGGAGGGUGCCCACCGCGCAGCAGGUUGGGACGCAGGGCGGGCCGCAGAAGCGCAUGUACAUGUGCAAGGUCCCCGGAUGCGGGAAGUGCUUCGCCCGCGGGGAGCACCUCAAGCGCCACGUCCGGAGCAUCCACACGAACGAUAAGCCGCACAAGUGCCCGUACCCGGGGUGCGAGAAGGACUUCAGCCGGCACGACAACCUCGGGCAGCACAUGCGCGUGCACAAGGGCUAUACGAUGCCCAAGGCCGGCCCGCUCUGAUGAUGCGCGCGCGCGCACUGCGUUUUCCAUUUUUUUCUUACGUCCACCGUUCAACAUGGGGUCCACGGGUCCAGUCCAGUAUGGGUUAGACGGGGGCGGCCUGCGCGCUGCAGCGCGCCGCCCCCGCAGCGCCGGUGCUCCGGCGUGUCACGUCUCGCGAUGAAUUUCCUUCUUACGGCCUUUCAAGUCUUUCUCUGCCUCUUUGGCUCCUCUGCUUUUUCUCGCCUUACCCCUUCUCCCCCACCUACCCUGUGCAUCAUUCCACCCCCCACGCCUGCGUUUAUCCCUCGGUUUACACGAUCAUUAUUCCCAGUCGGUCUGCUCCGUGUCUCUCUGUCUGUCUAUAGCCCCAUGUACCAUGUUUAGCUGCCGGUGUAUCGCCGUGUAUCCCCCUCCGGACUCUGGAUGUAUCAUCUGCCUGCUCUGUAUCGUCUACCACCCCACCCCC